GAAUUCCAGUGCUGGCAGAAUUCUGGCUGUUGUAUGUGAAGAAUAAACUGUAACACAGCUGCCUGCACAGAGACAAGGAGCUGAUUGGAGCUGUUUCGAAUCACAUUUUCUUGUUCACAGAGCAAAGAGUAACAUGGAGGACGAUAAUAUAAAAGUUAUGAAAAAUAAUGAUGAAUUUCAAAGGAGCAGUGUUCAUGAGAGCCAGGAACUGAUUGUACCCAGCCACAGCCCUGCAGGGUCGCCAUGCUCAAGCCCGACUCCCAAUCCUCCUGCCGGAGACAAGGACAGCAACCAAGUCAACGCGAUCACAGUCCUCACUCUGUUGGAUAAACUGGUUAACAUGUUGGAUUCCGUGAAGGAGAACCAGCACAAGAUGGAGAAGAGACAGAUCGACAUAGAGAACUCCGUAAAAGGCAUCCAAAAUGAUAUCACGAAACUCUCGAAAAGUCACACCUCCACCAGCAACACCGUCAGCAAACUAAUGGAAAAGUCGCGCAAAGUCAGCGCCAACGUUCGGCAGGUAAAGGAUCGCAUGGACAAGCAGAUCGGCCAAGUGAAGAGGAUAGAGAAUAACCACACCCAGCUCCUGAGAAGAAACAACUUCAAAGUGCUCAUAUUUCAGGAAGAAAAUGAAAUACCUGCAGAUGUGUUCAUGAAGGAAGCCGACCCUGUGCCUAGCAUAACAGAUGGUCUAGAAGAGUCUGCUGACCCUAACAAGUCUCUGGAAGACAACAUGCAAACAAUUGACCUGUCUUCCGAUGAUGAUUUUAAUCUUGAAGAUGCACAUGACAGCGCUGAAGAAAAAUUGGAGCACACAAGAGCAGAAAAAAUUAAAAGAUCAAGCCUCAAAAAGGUAGAUAGCCUAAAGAAAGCAUUUUCACGUCAAAACAUUGAAAAAAAGAUGAACAAAAUCAGCACUAGAAUUGUUUCACCAGAAAGGAGGGAAAAAAUUAAGAAAUCCUUCACUCCGCUGCAUAUCAAAUCCUCAAAAAGCUCCUCUGUUAAGAGUGAAAAGAAAAUAGAUGAAGAAAACACUCAAGAAGAAAAUGAUGGAAAACCCGAAGAACAAGCUGUGGAAAAUCAAAGUUUAGAGGUUAACGAAACAAAUUUGCUUACUGAAAAUGUGCCUAAGACGCUAGAGGAAACAAAAGCAGUGGUUGAUUUAACAGAAAGAGAGACAGAAACAGAAGAAUCCCAGAUAGUGUACAACAAGAAGCCCUUGGUUAUUGAUGAGGAUGAGGAUGUGGAUGAAAAUGAGCAAUUUGAAAAUGAAAAUCCAUUUAGUGCUGAAUACAAACCAAUAUCAGAGGAAAAAUAUGAGGAAAUAAUUCAGUCACCUGCUCUUGAAACAGAGCAAAGUGCAUGAAAGCCUUUUUCUUGUGUCUAAAAAGAAAGUGAUGGAGCAUAGUAAUUACUUUAGCAUACUCUGUUUGAUUGUUAGUAAUGACUACUACACUGGGGAUGGGAGAAGUAUUACUACAUAUAAGUAUUAUUCUGAAGAGCUCUCAUUUUUAAUAAAUUAUCACCUGUAUUACUCA